AUGGCGAUGCCAGGAUGGAAUCAAGAGAAAGAUAUGUUGAUGGACGUGGACGGACUCGAUUUUUUUAAAGACUCCAGAGAGGAUGUUAACCAGGAGGACACCCGAAUGCUCGAGGAGCCAACAAUAGAUGAUAUAUCUGGUGCUCCAGAAACUCAAUUUGAUGGUGAGCAACCUAUACGAGAAUCUCUCAGCGAAUUCAAGUCUUGUGGCUUUGCCCUAAAGUUUCAAAUGGCACCUGCUUCCAGCCGAAGUUUGGGUUAUAUCAGCACUAGAAAAGGCAACGCCACGCUCACGAAUGGCGGCAACCACAGUGACAUAAAUUCGGACCUAUACUCACCUCUAUUUCAUCGUCUGGACUCCUCAGACGACUACAAGCAAUUUGUGCUCACUUGUUUCGAGAUCUAUAAAAAUUUGGACGAAGAUCGGGUAUUUUCUAUCCCUACAAUGGGACUCGUAAGUCAGACAUCGCGGAAAGAGCAUGUGGAGGCGGUGAACUUGGCAAUGGAGGCAUUAAUUGAUGAGGUCGAUAGUUUCAUAGCGACUCAGAGUAUAGUACGAGCCUCUGAGUUGGGGGAUUGUCUCGCCAUCUUGAAUUGUAUUCAAGCCUUUUUCUUCACCACUGCAUCAGCUACCGAUCAAACUGGGGGGCUAGCGAGGCAAUUAACUCAUUGGAUAAAUAGGGCAGACGGCGAGCCAUCGGAGCUAGUUGUCGAUCAAGUUUUCAGGCAAGGCCCGGCCAAAAAAGUUUAUGAAACUUCUUCCUUUUGGAAACUGGUAAACCAAUUGUUGCUAAGGGGUUUAUUUGAUCAAGCCAUAGGUGUGUUGGAAAAAUCUAAUAUCUUUAAGGACCUGGAGACUACCUGUGAGCUGACGUUCAGCGUUUUGACUGACGUUGUGCUUCUAUUAAAGCAGUAUCCCUCAUCUAAUGGGGAGGAAUAUAGAGAAUGGAAAGCCGCUAGCCUACAGCUUUCUCAAUACUACUGUGAGUCUUCAUCUGAGGUCGACGCUGAAUUACGCAACAUGAUAUGCGACAUGGUGCUUCUAAUCAGUGGUACUCAAGCAAAAAUAUUGCAGUAUUCAAGCUACUGGUACGAGGCUUUUUGCGGGCUCUUCAUGUUCUAUAUACCUACCUUGGAAUUAUCUGAAGAAUACCUUCAACUAUCACUGAAGGCCCAUCCCCUGGACGUUUGUAGCACAUGGGAGCAGGCGUGUGCUGAGAUAAUAAGAGGGAAGAUAUAUGCUGUUUUACCCAUGAUUGAGUCCUUAGAUUCCUGUAUUGCUGCCUUUUUUGCGGCAUUCUGCGAAGCACAAGGGUUAUUGGAGUCUGGAAAUAGUUUAGUGGAGCGUCAAGGUGGUUACGAAGGUAUUGAAGGCGAUUUAUUCUCUUCCAACAACAGUAUGGCAAGCUUCUUAUUGCACGGUUUUGCGCUAGAGCUCUGCUCCUUUGACGAUAAGCAUUUGUGGUCAGUUGCCAUAGGAAUACUGGCGAUGACUCCUAGUCCGAACGGGAGCGCAGUGAGAGUAGCUGUCGCGGAACUGUUACCACAUUUUCCCUUUCAAAGCAACGAUGAUGUUGAGUGGCUACUCACCCUUUGUGCAAAGUGGAGAUUACCUGAGGUCGCGAAAACAAUCUACAGGAUACUUGGCAACAAUUUUAUUUCUGAAAACAAUGUCAUCGAGGCCAUGACAAACUUCAGCAAGGCUGGUGAGUUUGAGUGGGUCAAGCACUACUCUUGGAUGAUUUUCGAGGCCUCUGCGCUGCAAGGUGCACCUCUAGAAGACGAGAUCAUAGAUGCAAUCGUGAGCAAAAAGGCACACGCCGAAAUUCCCAAAGAAAUCUUGGAAGCUGUUUUGACCGACGCCAUGAAGCAAGCACUCUCGCCAUACGCCGUCCUAUAUCAACUAUACCAGCAGCUAGGACAAAAGGAUUUGAAUAACGCACUCGAAAAUUUAUUGAAUUUACUCGAGUUCCCAUAUUUGCCCAAGCACUAUCUAGCCCUACUGGCCGCAAAUUUGCUGUACCCGGUUUUCCUAUGUGAAGGCAGCCGACAAAUCCCAGAGGACAAAAUUAUUCGGCUCAUCAAGGCCAUCGAUAGAUUCGAGAACGACGACAGCAAAAGCAUUGCUAUGUAUGCAGCGCUGAAGGAGAAGCCUGGUAACGACGAACUUCCAGAACAACUGAGCGAUUUUGUAAAACGGGUAAGACAGAGGCUGAACCUCAAGAUUUGUGAGGAAUAUAUAACGUGA